AUGGCAAAGGAAAAAGAUGCCAAUAUCGAUACCCUCGAGGUGCUACUGAAUCCGGGCCUCAUCAGUACCAAACUAUCAGCUCUCCCAGAGGGUCAGGCACAUGCGCAUGGACGGCGGCUACUGCAGGAUCUGCUCUCAGUUGGCCGAUUUGGGAUUCCAGCCUUGAUUCCAGCAGAACCGGCCUCGAACAAUGGCUACAAAGCAGACGAUCGUAACCUUGGACAUGAUGAUUCAGGAGUACAAAUGAUGCAACUUUCAGAGCGCCAAGAUAUGCUACUUGGACAAGCCUGCAAAGUAUACCACUUUGCCUCAUUAUCGUUGGACGACAUAUUCGACCAAGUUCCAGUAUCAAACCAACUCUGUCUGAUUACCGCAAUGAUAAUUCUAUCUCAGCAAGUCGUCUCGCCUGUGUCGAAGACAAACUCAGAGGCGGGGUCUAUGGUUCAGCGGGAGGAGCCUUGGGACCCAUUAACGCUUUUUCAGAGAUGGAUCCUUCGCUCCCGAAUCUCUGGGACUGAGAGCUCCGGACUGGAUUUCGGUGACCUCAACAUGCAUGCUGAAGUUCUCGCGGAGAAAUUGAUGGCACUCAACAAGCUGCCAUCGUCCGAGCGAGUACAGUGUGCACAAUGCCAAAUUUCAUCGGAGCUCGGACAGUAUUAUUGCUGGAUUGAGCAGUAUGAGCAGGGAUUGAAGUACUUAACACAAUGCCACUUGGUCCACAGCGAGCACUCUGCAUCAUCUCCGGGUCGAUCGACAUGUCGCUUAGACGUGAAGCGCACUGUUGCACUAUCAAAACUUGCAAAGCUGGCGACUGGUGCAUCAUUAGCGGAUCCAAAGGAGAAUUUGCUAAACCAUGUGAGGCGUCUGGAAACAGAGCAGAGAUACCUGGAUCUUGUAGACGAAUUCAAGAAGGACAACAGCAGUCGUCUCUUACCAUAUGUCUGGCGCCAACGCUUGUUGUCGAAUGUCCUGAACAAAUCAGACAUGCGGAGCGCCGCCAUUCUUGCUAUUGCCAAUGCUUUAUAUCACCUUCGGGAACCUAGUCAGAUGAUGCUAGAGAUCCCAUGUUCUGUGUUCAUCUACCUGAGAGCCUUACCAUUCGAAAGUGGAGACGAAGCGGAUGCGUAUUUGUCACCAUCAAUCUUUGAAGACCUGAUGCAGAUCAUCGUCGACAUAAAAGAGACAUAUAUCACACCAUGCAUUCAAGAUGUCAGUAGAGGCAAGAACUCUGAGGAUAUGGUCAAGGCGUUCGUCAUCGAGUUUUGCGCCAAUGUGCGGCAUGUCUUGUGCUAUGAUGCAGCAUGGAAAUCAGGGCUUAUCGACCCAUCCGCCGACGACUGGAGACUUGUCUGGGAUACAUAUAGUUUUAUCCUCUCCCGCAAUAUGUCUGUGACAGAGGAUUCGAUAAACCCGCCAACACCGCUAUCAGAUACGACCGAGGCAGUUUACAAAUCCAAGCUAGCUGAAGUCAUGGACCCUCAGGACUUGGAAGACUAUUUCCACGCUGCAAGUCAAAUAUCUGCCCCUUUGCCACCAUUAAAAUGUAGUCUCAUCGCGCUGGCCAUAGGAGCGCAGGCCUGCACUCAUUCCAAAUAUCUAGAUGGCGUUCGUUUCUUCCAAAUAACCGCUCAUUUUAUGACGCAAGAACAGGACGCUUCUUCGCCUGCAUUCGCAAAGAUUGGACAGCAGCUUCAGAAAUAUUCUGCUUGGGCGCAACUCGGCAUUCUCGCAGACGAGCUUGAGAAGCGCAGGGAGGCACGGAUAUCAAACAGGAUAGAACAAAAAGUAGGCGCAAAGGCGGAUGCGAUCAGACGCGUAGUGUCAACGAAGGCUGUGCAGGGCGCAGCAACCAGUGCAGCAACGGAAAUGGCAGAGUCGUCGACUGCAGAUGAAACCAGGAUGGAUGUAGAUGACUUACUAUUGGAUCCUGAGACGCAGGAGCAUGUUAAGAAAGGGAAGCAGGCCAAGGAGGACGAAGAGAAGACGCUAGAGAUCUGUAGGCUUCUCACACACUACCUGUCGAGCUAUGGCGCCUUGGAGCUGAACUUGCAGCUACGUUGCCUUGCAUUAUGUAUCAAUGGCAAACAAUGGGACUUUUUGUCUGGAUAUGGUCGAGCCGCAGCUGAAGUCCUUGACAAGAGUAUCCAUGGAGAAAUAUGCCAGGUCUACAGCAUCUUGGUUCCGCUAUGUGCGAUCCUUAGCAGGGCUCAAGCUCUAGGAGUCGAUCUCAAGGACAUCACGUCCGCCAGUUGUCUUGAUGCCGUGUUCUCUUCCGAUCUGGAACCCAUUCAAGUAACAAGAAUGGCAGCAUUUGAUAUGAUCCAAGGACUCAUGCCCAACGUUGCCAGACCUAUCAUCUCUGGCGGUCACUCGUCAAUAGCACCGCACCAGCAACAACCGCAGUUCAAUCAACCAGGCUUUAACGGCGCAAAUAAUAGCUACCACAGCCGGAACCGCUGGAAUCGAAGAUCUGUCCAAGAGGAUGGAUCUGUUCCAUCUGGACCACAAAUAAUGGAAGAGGACCUGGGCCAUGCGGUGAUCUUGAGGCUAUUUGGACUCGUUCGCCUGAGGGGUGUAAUCGAUAUUUUUGGUGCCCUACUCGCCGGAGCUGUGUCUUCCAUUUUACCUGAGAGAGCCAAGCUGACGUUAAACGAGUUUGGGUACUAUGCCCUAUUCACGACGUCGAUGGACAGUAUCGCAUCCUGGAUAGACCCCAGAGUCAAGAUCAUUGCUAUGCUCAGUAACGGAGACGCUGGAAAGGCCAUUGAGGCAGUUCCUGGGGCGAGACAGCGAUUCGCUAAACUGCUAAUUCAGGUCUAUGAACGACAGAUCCAGUACGAAUCCGAUACGCUCACCAAAAAAUUAGGCAUCGAGGAUAACAUCUUGACUAUGCAUCGAUUCGACCCCGAUACCGGAUUAAGCACAGACAAAGCCCAUACAGUCCUGUUCACCACGAAGGCCGCAGCGCAGAUUACUCGAUACUCUCUUUGUCUGACGGAUCUGUACUACCUCGAAGGACUCCACCAGGAUGCUUUGGCGUCGUUCUUAAACGCGUGCAUGAUCGCAUCCAAAUGCUUCGCAGAUCUUGAUCGUCUGGAUCGGAGGGUCUGGGCCGUGUACAUGCAUGGUCCACUGUCGGCUCCACCAACUGGACACUCACCGUCACCGCCUGCAACAAUGCUGCAUGCCAUCGUGCCUUCCCAAGGAGGGCCCAUACCUGGCGCCAUGUUCGGGCCGACUGGUGAGAUCGUACAGCCAAUGCCAACAUAUCUUACGCUCUCGGCAUUAUCGGGUAUGGGAGGCGGCCUCGCUGUCCCUGAGGGACAGGUUGGAUUAGCACUUUCAUCAUUAUCACCUCCACAAGCUCAAGUACUAGAGCUUGGCGGCGGUGCUCCUCACAUUCCGCCGCCUCCACCGCCACUCCCACCACUACCACCAGGUGCUUCAUGUGGCCCUCCCAUGGUCGCACCUAUCCCUUCGCCUGUACUCAACUCAGCCCAAGUAGCCGUACCCUCCGCAUUCGCGGUCAGAGCUAUUGAGAGCUGCAUACAACUGAACGAACCCUUGGCCAGUGUAGCAUUGCAGCAAUUCCUCCCUAGGAUUGACUAUAGCCAGGCGUUUGCUGCUAUUCAAAUAGCGUACGAACAAGGAAUGUUAUCAUGGUCUGGACUCCUCGCAGGAUCUUCAGGAGCUACAUCAUCGACUGUCACAGGAACGCCCGGAAAUGUCUCUGGAGCGGGCAUGGUCCCAGUAUCGUUAACAAGUUCUGGAGUCAUGGGAAGCAGUCUUCCUGGACAGCAGCCGCCUGUGCACUUGUUGUCUGGCACUGCGUUGGGACCGUCAAGUAUUGACAGCAGCGGUAUUACUGCUUCCCUGCGAGUCCAGUCUUCUACAUCCGUGUUCAUGCCCGAGUUGACUGCCAUAGUCGAUUCGGUGACCCGGCGCCGAGGGUCGUCUGUGUUUAUGACAGGCAGCCAUUCGCCACACGCGGCUUUAUCCUCCUCAGCCUUGGGUCAAAACUCCAACAGCACAGGAACACUCAGCAGGGCAGGCAACAGUUUAUCGCGACAGCAGUUUCUGGAGGCGGUGUUUGAUAUGACACUGCUGGAAAAGAUCAGCUACCUGUGUAAGGAGAGCAAGGAUGAGCUCGGAUUGAAAAAGGUCCAAGAGCGCAUCAGUAGUCAUCGAAUGGCCUUGGACGCCUUGCCGCCUUUCAGGGAACAGAUCCGUCAUUUGGUAGAACAGGGGCUGUUGACGCAGUUGUGGUCCAAUUAUGCGCGUACUGGGUAA